AUGACUGUCAAUCACACCUUUCAGACCCUCUUCGCCGUGCCGCUCUCCUGCGACGGCUGUAUCAAGUCAGUUUCGGACGCGCUCUACAGCCUGGGAGGCAUCACCAAAGUCGAGGGCAACCUUCAGGACCAGUUAAUCGCCGUCGAGGGUUCUGGUACGUUUCACCACCGCGCCGCGCCGUCAUCCGGCGCUCAGCACAUAUCAGUACACACACGUUCUCUAGCUGACGCCUUCUCCACCGAAUUACAGCGGCUCCGUCCAAAAUUGUUGAAGCGAUUCAAGAUACCGGAAGAGAUGCCAUCCUGCGAGGAUCAGGAUCCUCAAACAUAUGCUAACAAAUCACUUUUUACAGGCGCGGCUGUGAGCAUCUUGGAGAGCUUUGCCGAAUCGCUCACGCAGCAGCAGGGCAACGAGGAUCCCAGUCGCGAGGUUCGUGGCCUCGCGCGCAUGGUCGAGGUCGGCGCGGGCAGAACGCUGGUUGACCUGACGGUCCGCGGCGUCUCGCCAGGCACGUACCGCGCUACAAUUCGCCAGUACGGCGAUCUCAAGGACGGCGCCGAGUCGACGGGCCCCGUGUGGACGCAGCAGCAGGACGAGAGCCAGCCGAGGGGUCUCCUUGGCACCGUCGAGGUCGGCACAGACGGGCGUGGCUCUGUCUUUGUCGACCGCGCAUUCCACAUUUGGGAGGUUAUUGGCCAUGCCAUGGUCCUGACCAAGCAGGCCGAGAGUGCGCAACUUAAAAACGACGCUGACACCGUCGUCGGCGUCAUUGCUCGGAGUUCUGGCAUGUGGGACAAUGACAAGACGGUGUGCUCGUGCACGGGAAAGACGCUGUGGGAGGAACGCAAGGACGAGGUGGCCAAGGGCAUGCUGUAA